AUGACCACGUUUGACUUUUCCGACAUCGAAGCCUUUUUGGACAUGCACCCAGAUCUUUUUGAGGAGUAUUUGGUGCGUAAAGCAAAAUGCGAACAGGUGAGCCGCUGGCUGAAGGACCAUCCGCAGUCCACAAAGGCGUCUUCAGCUGAAGACAAACGUGGUCCUGCCCGGGAGCCUCUGUGGUCCGCCAACCCGGACGGACUCCGGCGCAGAUCGUCCCACAUGGAGCUACGAAGAAACUUCGCUCGCUCCAAAGCCACCACCGCGCACAGAACCUACGACGAGCACGUCAGCCUGAGCGAGCAUGAGUCCCAGUCCAGCAUGAGGCGCAGGGCACUUCUGCGUAAAGCCAGCUCUCUGCCUCCGACCACCGCGCACAUCCUGAGCGCGCUACUGGAGUCCAGAGUCAACGUGCCCCAGUACGCGUCCAGCGCCAUAGACUACAAGUACAGGCUGAGGGAGACCAACGAGCGCGAGUUCUUCCUGGAGCUAGUCAAAGACAUCUCCAACGACCUGGACCUCACAAACCUCAGCUACAAAAUCCUCAUUAACGUGUGCAUCCUGGUGGACGCGGACAGGUGCUCGCUGUUCCUGGUGGAAGGUCCUCCGCACAAGAGGACGCUCGUGUCCAAGUUUUUUGAUGUUCAUUCUGGCACCACAGUGCGCCCCUCCUCCAGCACUCUGGACUCCAGCGAGGUGCAGGUGGCGUGGGGAAAGGGGAUCAUCGGAUACGUAGCAGAACAUGGGGAAACUGUGAACAUCCCAAACGCAUAUGAGGACCACCGCUUCAGUGAUGAGAUCGAUAAGUUGACCGGCUACAAAACACAGUCCAUUCUGUGUAUGGCUAUCUGCAGCAGUGACGGGGAAGUCAUCGGUGUGGUACAGGCCAUCAACAAAAACCCCAUCGGAACCCCCUUCACAGAAGAUGAUGAAAAGGUGCUGCAGAUGUACCUGCCCUUCUGUGGCAUCUCCAUCUCCAACGCCAAACUCUUCUCUGAGUCUCGGAAGGAGUACGAGCGCAGCAGGUGUGGUUGUUUCUCACUGAGUCUCAGUGUGGUUGUGUCUCAGUGUGGUUGUUUCUCACUGAGUCUCUGUGUGGUUGUGUCUCAGUGUGGUUGUGUCUCAGUGGGGUUGCGUCUCAGUGUGGUUGCGUCUCAGUGUGGUUGUGUUUCAGUGUGUGUGGUUGUGUCUCAGUGUGGUUGUGUCUCGGUGUGGUUGUGUCUCAGUGUGGUUGUGUCUCAGCGUGGUUGUGUCACAGUGUGGUUGUGUCUCAGUGUGGUUGUUUCUCAGUGUGGUUGCGUCUCUGUGUGGUUGUGUCUCAGUGUGGUUGUGUCUCAGUGUGGUUGCGUCUCAGUGUGGUUGUGUCUCAGUGUGGUUGUGUCUCAGUGUGGUUGUGUCUCAGUGUGGUCGCGUCCUCAGUGUGGUUGUGUCUCAGUUUGGUUGUGUCUCAGUGUGGGUUGUGUCUCUGUGUGGUCGCGUCUCAGUGUGGUUGUGUCUCAGUUUGGUUGUGUGGUUUUGUGUGGUUUUGUCUCAGUGUGGUUGUGUCUCAGUGUGGUUUUGUCUCAGUGUGGUUGUGUCUCGGUGUGGUUGUGUCUCGGUGUGGUUUUGUCUCAGUGUGGUUGUGUCUCUGUGUGGUUUUGUCUCAGUGUGGUUGUGUCUCUGUGUGGUUUUGUCUCAGUGUGGUUGUGUCUCUGUGUGGUUGUUUCUCAGUGUGGUUUUGUCUCAGUGUGGUUGUGUCUCUGUGUGGUUUUGUCUCAGUGUGGUGGUGUGUGUCUCUGUGUGGUUGUUUCUCAGUGUGGUUUUGUCUCAGUGUGGUUGUGUCUCUGUGUGGUUUUGUCUCAGUGUGGUUGUGUCUCUGUGUGGUUGUUUCUCAGUGUGGUUGUGUCUCUGUGUGGUUUUGUCUCAGUGUGGUUGUGUCUCAGUGUGGUUUUGUCUCAGUGUGGUUAUGUCUCUGUGUGGUUGUUUCUCAGUGUGGUUUUGUCUCAGUGUGGUUGUGUCUCUGUGUGGUUUUGUCUCAGUGUGGUUGUGUCUCUGUGUGGUUGUUUCUCAGUGUGGUUGUGUCUCUGUGUGGUUGUGUCUCUGUGUGGUUGUGUCUCUGUGUGGUUGCGUCUCAGUGUGGUUGUGUCUCAGUGUGGUUGUGUCUCUGUGUGGUUGUUUCUCAGUGUGGUUGUGUCUCUGUGUGGUUGUGUCUCUGUGUGGUUGUGUCUCUGUGUGGUUGCGUCUCAGUGUGGUUGUGUCUCAGUGUGGUUUUGUCUCAGUGUGGUUGUGUCUCUGUGUGGUUUUGUCUCAGUGUGGUUGUGUCUCUGUGUGGUUGUUUCUCAGUGUGGUUGUGUCUCUGUGUGGUUUUGUCUCAGUGUGGUUGUGUCUCAGUGUGGUUUUGUCUCAGUGUGGUUAUGUCUCUGUGUGGUUGUUUCUCAGUGUGGUUUUGUCUCAGUGUGGUUGUGUCUCUGUGUGGUUUUGUCUCAGUGUGGUUGUGUCUCUGUGUGGUUGUUUCUCAGUGUGGUUGUGUCUCUGUGUGGUUGUGUCUCUGUGUGGUUGUGUCUCUGUGUGGUUGCGUCUCAGUGUGGUUGUGUCUCAGUGUGGUUGUGUCUCUGUGUGGUUGUGUCUCUGUGUGGUUGUGUCUCAGUGUGGUUGUGUCUCUGUGUGGUUGUGUCUCUGUGUGGUUGUUUCUCAGUGUGGUUGUGUCUCUGUGUGGUUUUGUCUCAGUGUGGUUGUGUCUCAGUGUGGUUUUGUCUCAGUGUGGUUGUGUCUCUGUGUGGUUUUGUCUCAGUGUGGUUGUGUCUCUGUGUGGUUGUUUCUCAGUGUGGUUUUGUCUCAGUGUGGUUGUGUCUCUGUGUGGUUUUGUCUCAGUGUGGUUGUGUCUCUGUGUGGUUGUUUCUCAGUGUGGUUGUGUCUCUGUGUGGUUGUGUCUCUGUGUGGUUGCGUCUCAGUGUGGUUGUGUCUCAGUGUGGUUGUGUCUCUGUGUGGUUGUUUCUCAGUGUGGUUGUGUCUCUGUGUGGUUGUUUCUCAGUGUGGUUGUGUCUCUGUGUGGUUGUGUCUCUGUGUGGUUGUUUCUCAGUGUGGUUGUUUCUCAGUGUGGUUGUUUCUCAGUGUGGUUGUUUCUCAGUGUGGUUGUGUCUCAGUGUAGUCUCUGUGCAGGCACUGCUGGAGGUGGUCAAUGACCUGUUUGAGGAGCAGACAGACCUGGAGAAGAUUGUGCGUAAGAUCAUGCAGCGAGCGCUCACUCUGCUGCAGUGUGAGCGCUGCUCUGUGCUCCUGCUGGAGGACAUCGACUCUCCAGUCGUGAAGUUUUCCAAGACCUUUGAGCUCAUGUCUCCAUUUUGUAACGUUGAUCGCGACAUCAGCAUGGAGAAGCUCUCCUGCUCUGAUUGGCUGAUCAAUAACAGUAUUGCUGAGCUGGUGGCGUCCACAGGACUCCCGGUGAACAUCAGCGACGUGUGUCAGGACCCACGCUUCGACGCAGAGGCGGACCAGGCCUCUGGCUUUCACAUCCGCUCUGUGCUGUGUGUUCCCAUCUGGAAUCGCACUCAUCAGAUCAUCGGAGUUGCACAGAUCCUCAACCGUUUGGACAGGAAGACGUUCAACGAUGCCGACCAGAGGCUGUUUGAGGCCUUUGUUAUAUUUUGUGGACUUGGGAUCAACAACACAAUGAUGUACAACCAAGUAAAGAAGACCUGGGCCAAACAGUCUGUGGCACUUGAUAUGUUGUCGUACCAUGCAACAUGCUCCAAGGUGGAAGUGGACAGACUCAAGGCGGCGAAGAUUCCCCUGAGCUGUGAGCUGGGCAUCGACGAGUUUCACUUCAACGACUUCUCACUGGACAAUGACGCCAUGAUCACGGCCUCGCUGCGCAUGUUUCUGGAGCUGGGUGUGGUCCAGAAGUUUAAAAUAGAUUAUGAGGUUUUAUGCCGAUGGCUUCUGACGGUGAGAAAGAACUACCGCACAGUGGCCUAUCACAACUGGAGACACGCCUUCAAUGUGUCCCAAUGCAUGUUUCUCAUCAUCACCACGGCCAGCUUCCAGGACGUGUUGUCAGAAGCAGAGAUCCUCGCUCUAAUGGUCGGAUGUUUGUGUCAUGAUUUGGACCACAGAGGCACAAACAACGCAUUUCAAGCAAAGACCGGCUCUGCUCUGGCCCUGUUAUACGGGACCUCUGCCACUUUAGAGCACCACCACUUCAACCACGCCGUCAUGAUCCUGCAAAGUGAGGGUCACAACAUCUUUGCAAACCUCUGCUCCAAAGAGUACAGCAACAUGAUGCAACUGCUGAAGCAGGCCAUUCUCUCCACUGACCUCACACUUCACUUCGAACGCAGGACACAGUUCUUUGAGCGUGUUCUCUCUGGAGACUUCAGCUGGACAGACGACGGACACAGAGAGGUCCUCAGAUCCAUGCUGAUGACCGCCUGUGACCUGGGCGCGGUCACUCGGCCCUGGAAGGUUUCCAAACAGGUGGCAGAACUGGUGACGAGUGAGUUCUUUGAGCAAGGAGACCGCGAGAGAUCCGAGCUGAAGCUGACGCCUGCGGCCAUAUUUGAUCGCAACCGCAAAGAUGAACUGCCCGUGCUGCAGCUGGAGUGGAUCGACGGGAUCUGCAAACCACUGUACCAGGCGCUGCUCAAACUCAACAGGAAAUUACAGCCAAUGGUUGACGGGAUCGACACCAACCGCAAGAAGUGGGAGGAGCUGUGUUCGUCGUACCGCCAAGCACGCCGCGCCUCAACAUCCAAUCAGAUCACAGAGAAAGGCGAGUGUCCCGGGAUCAGCCAAGACGCCUCGAGUUCUGAAGCCAAAGACACUAAAGAUGUGACAAAAUCCUGA